AACAAAUAAAUCACAUUUGCAUGAAUUUCCUUUUUUCCUUUUUUUCUUUUCUUUUUAUUUUGGUUCUACUUUGUUUCUCUUUACGAUGCAUCCUUCGGAUUUUGGUUCUUCUAGGCAGCCUAGAACAACACCUUCUAAUAUGGAUCCAAACAAACCACUUGAUAGUAAGUUCAUGUCAUAAUAAAUUACAUGGUCUUAUUUCCUUAUAUAGUAAAUAGACUAAGUACUUGGUAUGAAGACUCUGAAGAGUAUGAAGGUAAUCUUGAAGAAAUGGCCACUGCUAACCUAGAUCAGUCUUUUCAAGACGAAUUACAACAUGUCAACCAAUGGUUUGGCUUUUUGACAGAUGCAGAGAAAACUGCAGCACUUUAUACCUUAUUACAACAUUCAUCCCAGGUACAGAUCAGAUUUUCAUUCAUAUGUUCCGAAAGAGCAUCUAAUAUCAUGAACUUGAGCAAUAGAAGGUUAUCUUCUAUCAACCAACAACAAAGCCGAGUGAUGAAUAACAGACAUUCGUUUGCAUUGGGUGAUACACAAGAACUAAGUCGUAUUUUUGGUUCUAUGGGAUCAAGCUGGCUCAAUACAGACGAAGCCCAUGCUUUACCCCCGAGACCUACCACAAGUGUAUCGAGAACACCUAGUCAUUUACGCCCAAAAUCUGUCAUGGAACUUGGAGGCACAUCAUCAUUUUCUAACUCUUGGCUAAAUCAACGUCAGCCCAACAUGUUUACUACACCAGAAAUUCAACCUGCUAUUGAACGACCUCGCUCGGCUGAUAUUUCAUCAUGGAAUCUACCUUCUUCCUCUUCAUCACAACCACCUUGGAAGCCAUUAGGUAAUCAGCAUGACAUUGAUUUCCAACCACAAUGGAGAGACAAUCCUACGAAUUAUGGACAGUAUUUAGCAGCGCCCAAAGCCAUGCGUUCCACGUCUAUAGAUAACAAUGAUGGGCUUUUAGGAUACGGGAGUGAUCCUGGUGAUUCUUCCCGAUAUCGAUCAACACCUGCUGCCAAUAUUUCGCUACAUGGGAAGCCUAAAUCAGCGCAUGAAGAAGUAGUGGAUAUAGAGCUAUUAAAAGAUGUUCCUGCUUGGUUCAGAAGUAUGCGCUUACAUAAAUACAACAAUAUAUUUGAGAAAAUGAAAUGGCAAGAUAUUGUUAAAUUAAAUGAUCAAGAACUUCAAGAAAAAGGUGUAGCUGCUCUGGGCGCAAGACGAAAGAUGCUUAAAGUAUUUGAAAGUAUAAGAGACUAUUGUCGAGCGCAUCAAAUUGACUAUUAAAAGAAUAUAGAUUGAACAUGUACAAGAUCCAAUUUAUUUUAAAAUUCUACAAUUUUUUUUCUCAAUAAAGAAAAGCAUCAUAAGCGAAUUUAUUUCUUGCCAGCAGCAGCGAGAGCGGCUUCAGUACCCUUCUUAGCGAAACGCUGGUUACGGAGGAACUUGGCAUCCAAACUCUUUUGAGAUCGGUACUUGUGAG